AUGAAGAUACCUGUGCUGGUUUCCCUCCUCCUCGUCCUGCGCACCUUUGUGGCACUGGAGACAGACCAGGGCGGCGUCUGCUCCGGUCAGCUCAACAACAGUCAGAACAUCACCGUGGUGGCGGCGCCUGGAGCCAAGGGAGAGCCGGGGACGGAGGGACCGCAAGGACCAAAAGGUGAGCAAGGUGAAAAGGGCGUGAGAGGUGCGCCAGGUAAGCUGGGUCCGGCCGGAACGACAAGUCAGAAGGGAGACAAAGGUGAACAGGGACCGGCAGGUGAGAAGGGAGACAAAGGAGAACAGGGACCGACAGGUGAGAAGGGGGCACCUGGUACCAGCCCACCUGCCCCACCUGUCGUGGCGUUUUCCGUGGCGCGAACGACCAGCCUUGUAAAUCAGCCUGAUGGUGUGAACACAGUGCUGACGUAUGACGUCAUCCUUAGCAACGUGGGCGGUGACUACAACAAGGAGACGGGGAAGUUUGUGGCAACAGUCGGAGGCGUCUACUUCUUCACCUUUACUGGUAUGACGCCGUAUUCCGGUUCCAACUACUUCGUCCAUCUCAUGAAGAAUGGUGCAAAGAUGGUUGGUCUUUACGAGCAAAACGGCGGAACCCCCCAGAACCAGUCCAGCAGUAACAGCGCCAUCCUGCAGCUGCAGCCUGGGGACGAGGUUUGGGUGGAGCUGGACUCUUACGGUCGUAGUUUGUAUAGCGACGAUGACAGGUACCUCACUUUCAGUGGGUUCCUCAUCCACGUCGUUUGAGUGAUAGAUACAGACAAGUGAUUAGCCGUACAGAGCUACAAUUCGAUUUGCCAAAUCAAUCUAGUUUACAAUUAGAAAUAUUCGAAUCACAACAAUGGUGUAUAACAGUGAUUUUGUGUAACAGUUACCGUAUCUGUAAUCGUCAUGAAUAUUUGUUGUCACGCGCGCGCGCUCUUUCAGAACCGUAUAGCUUGCCUUUUAUAUCGGUCCAGCUGAAAAAGCGCCAUCCUGCAGCUGAUGAAGCCUGGUGGGAAGGCCGGUCGAAAAAAAAUUAUGAAAGGAAAAGGUCACGAUUUUUCCCACCAACCUCUGCUUGGAGAGUAGAGGUUUGGUGUAGCUGUGGAAAGGUUACAGUUUGCACAGUAGUAAC